AUGCCGGUUUCUACGCGUCGAAGCACCUACGGCGCGGCCCCCACCGCCGACAGCGCUGAGGCUGUGACGGCAAUACUGAACGAUGAAGCCUGCGGCGAACUGAGCCCCAGAAGGACAGAGAGGAAACGCAAGAGAACGUCAAAUGUUGCAGAGGACAGUCCAAGCACCCGGUCGAACAAGAACGUGGCCGUCGAGAUACCCUCCAACCCACCUUCCAAUCCUGGUCCGAGUGAAGCCACUGAAGGAACAAGGCGAGCGUUGACAGCACGCGCCUCGCUGGCUGCUCCCAUCAUCGCGCCGAGAGGCGACUUGUUUGACUUUCCGGGGGAUGCAAACGCUCCCACAGACCAAGGACGCUCAAGCGAGCCGGAGAAGAAGAAGUUAAGGCGGUUAAGGUCGGCUAAACAACCUCAACCGUCCCCUUUCAAGGGAAGGGGAGAAUUGGAAAUUAGGAGCACCGCGCAUGUCAAUCUUGAUGCGUCUCCAGCACGUCCGCGGGCCAGAGACCCGCUCCGCAAGAUCGCGAGAUCCAUGCAGAGGGUUCGCAGACCUGGACCGGUUGAUGCUGCACCUGAGCCAGAGGAAGGUAUCCCCAGUUCAGUGUCGGAACAAGAAGAGGUGCAACCAUUACAGGCUGUCCCCACCCAGUCGUCUGCAUCUGAACCAAGCGGGGUUCGAAGGACGUCCCCGCGAAAACCUCGUCCGGCAACCGUAGGGGACGCUGCGGAUACACCCCCUGAGGCCUCGGACGCCGAACCUAGCCCGAACGUUCCGGUGUCGCAAAGUCAGCAGCAGUCGACAGCGCCAACUCAACAGACCCAAGCAACAGCCCGGGAUUCCAAUGAAAGGCAGCCUUUGCAAGCGGCAAGCGGAAACCAAGCUGACGUGAAUGGCGCCCUCGAUGAUACAUCCGGGGUCAUUGAUGAAAGCACUCCGCGUCAGCCUGACUCUACAGCUGGGCGCCCCGAAACGGAGGUUGAGCGAAGAACCAGAGAGCGCGAGGAAGCGCAAGCGGAAGCCAAGCGGCAACAGAGGAUCAAGAAUGCCUUGCAAGGCAUCGAAUCAGCCGUCAAAGUGUUUGGGUGCGAGCGUGAGUGGCAAACGGCCCUCGUUGGAGGACUUGAGCUUGAUGAAGGCAUGUCUAUGGGAGGAGCAACCUCUACGCUUGGCCGGGAGGCAGAGGCUGCACUGAAGAAGUUGAGGAAAGAGUACAGAAAGCGUGCAGGGCAGAGUCCUCCUCCUCCACACGAGUCGGCUCGGGUUAUUGGAGAGACUCUCGUCGUCUUGGAAGAAAGGUGCAAAGAGCUUCUCAAGCGUACGGAGAAUCAGGGCCGCCCUGAAGACGGUCGAAGAUACGCUAUCAUCAGGGACGUCUAUGGAUCCCUGAUACAUCGCUCACUCAGUCUCAACAAAGCUGCUCUCCAAGCGCAUUUUCAGGACGGACGGCUGAGCAUUUCUGCUCAAUUAGUGGUGCAUGAUCUGCUACGGAUUACAAGUUUAUUGCUGGAAACAGCCACAAAGUGGCGGCCAAGGCCCACCCUGGAGAACGCGGCAAAGCGGAUUGUCAGGCACGAUAUCCAGCCCAACAUCUCUACGAUCAUGGCUCGGUAUAAAUCCUCUAUCAUGGACGCUGAAAGGAGAAAGCGGGCGGAGGAGAUUGCAGCCCAACAGGAACUGGACGCUCAAGCCGCCGCAGCGCAUGCCGAGCAGAUACUAGAACAGAGAACGGCGGAAUAUAAGAGAUUCAAAGAAUCGCUUAGGUGGGGACCGGGCAGUGGCACUUCAGCCUCUCGAAGAUUAGCCAACUUGAACGGCUCCCAGGUGGAUGGGCCAAAUCCCACUGCUCGUUCCAUAUCCCCACCUCAGGAACUGGACGCUCAACCUGCCGCAGCCCACGCCGAGCAGGUACUAGCAGAGAGAAUGGCGGAAUAUAAGAGAUUCAAAGAAUCACUUGCAUGGAGAUCAGGCAGUGGCACUUCAGCCUCUCGAAGAUUGGCCAACGUAAACAGCUCCCAAGUGGAUGUCCCAAAUCCCCCUGCUCAUUCUACGUACCCACCUCAGAAACCAAUUGUUGAUGUUGAUGACCUGGAUCUGUCCGACGAGCCCGGCAUGAAUGGUGACGAUGUUGAAGUGGCCGGCCCUUUAGCGAACCACAUCCUCUCAUCUUUGGGAGACGCUGUUGAUGGAGCUGCACCCAGCAGACGACCGCAACUCCAAAGAGAAACCACCGAAGAGAUACCACCUCCUCGGCCAGUCCAGUGGGAGGAGUCGGAAAUCAGACUGCUGGUCAAAGGACUCAGAAAGUACCGGGACCAAAAUUCGAGAUUUGAAGACAUUGUCGAAGAUUAUGGAGCGCCCGGCCGCGGACUGGAGAAGUAUGACAUGGAUGAGGUUGUGGCACAGGCUAGAUGGAUCAAGCAACAUAUGGCAAAGCAUCUUGAAAGAACCAAGCAUGAUCCCGAAUGGGACUGGCUAAGGACUGUUCCGGACUGA